AUGACUUCUGAGACAAAUGACGAGGCUCCGUGUCUCGAGCGUCUUCAUCGAGAAGCCUUUACUUGUUUAGACACCUUCCCGAGCAAAAUCAUCGAGUUGAAUAAUCUCGUCAACGAGUACAUGCCCGAUUCUGUGAAAAACAGCAAGUACAAUAACAAUUCCGUUGGGCGGAAAGUCAAGUGUCCGUCUACGCUUUCUACAACAAGAAAUUGGGACAUAAACAGCAUCUCGGAUUAUGCUGUCUCGAGUUACUACCCUCUGUCGAUAUGUGAUCGCAGUCGAUCGAGACACGGAAUUUCCAAAAGAAAAUACUAUCGAUCGCGAGGCGUAAUCGGAUGCACUAUACGCCGAAGACCCGGGCCGCUCGGAAAACUUUUAGCAUUUAUAGUCAGCAGCCUCGCGACGUGCACGAAGAAGAUCGUCGUUGUUCCGUCUCAGUACAUUAUCGACAACAUUAUUUCAACGUUCUUCCAACGGCACAAGCUAAAAAACGCACAAUGCGGUCCCUCGCCGAAUUGGGACUGCUCUCUCUCGACUUACGUGACCACGCUCAAGAAGGAUACCACGAUCAUUGGAAAUCUUAUCGAUAUUAUGAGACCCGCUGCAGUGAAACUCAUCGCUGACACCACCAUCUUGAAACGCUGGCUCCAGGCAGUCGCCGUAACCAGCGUAUCGCCGUCGAUCGAACUGGCAAACGCAACUCGCAGCACCGAGACUAUCGACUGUUGGGCUUACGAGCUGUUCUUUCAUCUUAAGUACCUUCAAGUGAAUCGCGCACGACGGACCACCGACAAAGUAAUAGCCGGAGCUGGGUCAGAGCCUACGGACAUGAUUCACAUCAACUUGUGGCAUCGUUUGGUUCAACUUCGCGACAACUAUAUUAUAUUGUACGAAACGCUGGAAAAUUAUGAAAAAAUUCGCGAUCUCGAGCCGGAGAAGCCGCGAGAAUAA